AUGCAGAACGCGCGCUUUUUCGUCACAUUAAGCUGGCAUCAGUUACCGCGUGCAUUAUCGCAACCAGCUUCCACACGUGCUUGCUUGUUCGGUGUGAAGUGUAAACCCUACAACGUCUUAAGCAUCUCCACGAUGACUCCAAAACUGCUACCUGCCGCUUCUGGUGAGCUGAUCGUAAAAAAUGCCCGAUACAUUGGCGUAAACGAGCAAGCCAUCGAGAAGCUGGCGGACCGUGUAAUCCGCGGCAUUAAGGAGAAGGAAAUCAACAUCGAAAACUUCUCCCAACACGAGCAUCAUCCAACGGCGAAAGAUCCGCAUGCGGUCAAUUGGAUCUUUCUGAUCGAUACGCUCAACUUUUGCUUCUGGACGCCGGGAACCGAUGCAACGAAGUGGAAGGUCGAUGGUCAAACCGGAUACUUUGCGCUGUGUGCCGCAAUUAACCGGGCAAUGCGCGAAGGAAUUGACAUUACGAAUCCGGCCUACUAUUCCAAGAUUACGGUCGAGCAACUGGAAUCCAUUCUCCGAUCGGACACGGAAGACACGAAAGCACCGCUGAUCGACUCGAGAGUGGAAUGUCUGCACGAAGUUGGCCAUGUGCUGGUCGAUCGGUAUGAAGGGAAGUUUGAAAACUUUGUACGUACCUGCGAUGGGUCAGCGGUUAUGCUACUGCAGCGCAUUGUCGAAGAGUUUCCUUGCUUCCGGGAUGAAGCCGUACUGACGCUUGAGGAUGGAGGACCCUCAACGGAGACACGUGUAUCGUUCUACAAGCGAGCACAAAUCUUAGUCGGUGAUCUGUGGUCCUGUUUCCGGGGUGAAGGUUUGGGUCGAUUUGAAGAUAUCGAUAAGAUCACGAUGUUUGCCGACUACCGUGUACCGCAGGUGUUGGUACACUUCGGUACGUUAACGUACAGCGACGAGUUGAUGGCGUUACUGAAGCAGGACAAACUGUUGGAGAACGGAUGUCGUGAGGAGAUAGAAAUUCGUGGUGCUUCGAUCUACGUGGUGGAACAGUUGAAGGUGAUGGUACGGGAGAGGCUGAUCACCAGCCAUCCGGAUACGGAUCCGCGGUGCGUCAAUGCGAUCCUGUUGGACCAUUUCCUGUGGGACUAUCGUCGAAAGCAUGCGGCUGAGCUUGAAUACAUCCCGUUUCACAAAACGAUCAGCGUUUACUACUGAGCGGAUUAGAGCUUUGGACCGA